GGAAAUGACUACUGAAAUGUUUUCACUUUUUGUCUGGUCUCCGGAAGCGGCUUGUGUGUGCGUUUCACCAUGGCGGGGGUGGAUAUCAGAGAUAACUUACUCAGCAUCUCCUGGGUGGACAGCUCCUGGAUCCCCAUAUUAAAUACGGGGACUGUGCUGGACUAUUUCUCGGAGAGGAGUAACCCCUUCUACGACAGGACCUGCAAUAAUGAGGUGGUUAAGAUGCAGCGGUUAACACUGGAGCAUCUGAAUCAGAUGGUCGGCGUGGAGUAUAUUUUGCUGCAUGCACAAGAGCCCAUACUGUUCAUCAUAAGAAAGCAGCAGCGGCAGUCGCCUACACAGGCUAUACCACUGGCUGACUACUACAUCAUAGCAGGCGUCAUCUACCAGGCCCCCGACCUCGGAUCUGUUAUCAACUCCAGAACGCUUAGUGCGAUUCAUGGGAUCCAGUCAGCAUUUGAUGAGGCAAUGUCUUACUGCUGCUAUCAUCCCUCUAAAGGCUACUGGUGGCAGUUUAAAGACCAGGAGGAGAGAGACAAAGCCAAACCCAAGGCUAAAAAGAAGGAAGAGGCCAGCUCCUUCUUCCAGAGGCAGAGGGUGGACGCGUUACUUCUAGAACUCCGGCAGAAAUUUCCUCCAAAGUUUAUUCAGCAAAAAACUGGGGAGAAACCAGUAGCUGUGGAGCAAAUAAAAAAAGAACCCGAGCAACCGACUGAAACCAUAAAACAAGAGGAAAAGGAGCCGGUUAAAGCUCCGUCGGGAGGUACCCCCAAAGGUCCCCCAGAGAAGAGAAUGAGACUGCAGUAGAAGAGGACCCUCCGAACAGAGUGGCGGGUUCUUACCCUUACAUGUGGACGUUGUACAUAGCUGGAUACAUGCACCAUGGGCAAUACCUCUAGAUGCCAGCCCUGCCAGCUGGUGGAGGGGACUUUUUUUUUUGCAUCUUUGUGACAGAGACUAUAAGAAGGGGAAUGCAUUGGUUUUGUAAUUUUUAUAGUUAUGUAAAAUUAUAUAAAGUGACUCCC